AUGGCACAACUCAACGGCGACGCCCGCCAUCGACAACCCAAUGGCUCCGCUGCCAAACACGCCAAUGGCAUACUCGAGGAUAGAGUAAGAGGAAGUACGCAAGCUGGAAAGCACGAUGCAUCACUCGCCACGAAAUCAGAAGCCAAGCAAACGUCCAACACAGUAAAUCUUCUUAUAUGUGUUGGAGGUAUCUACGCCUCCUUCCUAACAUGGGGUGUUCUCCAAGAGCGAAUAACAACCACAAAUUACGCUCCCCUCGCAGGCCAGAAAGAAAUCUUCAAGUACCCAGUCGUGAUGAACACCGUCCAAUCCGCCUUCGCCGCCACUCUAGGCUACAUCUACGUCCUUAUCUCACGCAAGAAGUCCGGCGACCUCCCAAUCUACCCAAGUAGGCAGAUCGUCUGGCCUUUACUCCUUGUAGCUGGCUGCAGCGCGCUAUCGUCCCCCUUCGGCUAUGCCAGCCUCCAACACGUGGACUACAUAACCUUCAUUCUGGCCAAAUCCUGCAAACUCUUGCCCGUAAUGUUUCUCCACGUCACACUGUACGGGAAACGGUACCCUUUCUACAAGUACGCCGUGGUGGCGCUGGUGACCUCCGGCGUGGCGAUAUUCACCCUGCACCAAUCGACGGGUGGCAAGAAGAAGAAGGGCGCGGACGGGAACUCACUCUACGGGCUUAUGCUUCUGGGUAUCAACCUUCUCUUCGAUGGGUUAACGAACACGACACAAGAUGACAUCUAUGCCCGAUUUCGACCGUAUACUGGACAGCAGAUGAUGUGCGCACUUAACAUCAUGUCGACGAGUAUUACAAUCACCUAUCUCCUACUCUCACCAUACCUAGCCGCGACGGGGAUAGGUCAUUAUGUCGGCAUGGAUCUGGGAAGUUCGACCGGGGAGUUGGCGGAUGCAAUGGCGUUCAUCCAACGUCACCCGGCUGUAGGAUGGGAUAUCCUAGGUUUCGCCUUCUGUGGCGCCAUGGGCCAGGUGUUCAUCUUCCGGACCCUUUCCAUCUUCGGCUCCCUACUUCUAGUGACCAUCACAGUAACGCGGAAGAUCUUCACCAUGAUAAUUUCAGUCGUAUGGUUCGGUCAUGCAUUGACUGGAAUGCAAUGGCUCGGCGUGGGCCUUGUGUUCGGCGGAAUCGGGAUCGAAGCUGAGCUCAGCAAGCGCGAGAAGAAAGCCAAGGAGGCUGGGAAGAAGAAGAUGUAA